AUGCCUCCAUCAGCAAAGACAGAUGCGUCUAGGGUCAAGAAGGCCGCAAGGAGAGAUGGCCGCCAAAGGCUUCGGAAUCCGCCUUUGAUGGGCUCAGCUAAACGCAUGGUCGUUUCUGUGUGUGGGCAAGUGGAGUCCUCGCUCCCCAUGAUGGGAGGGGUGUUCAUGGACUCCCCCAACGAGGAAUUCAGCACCGAGUACUCCCUGUUCAACUCCUCCAGCAACGUCCACGCGGCCUCCAACGGCCACGGCCAGCUGGAGGAGCCACCCCGCUCCUCCAACGACGCCGUCCUGCUGUGGAUUGCCAUCAUAGCCACGCUGGGGAACAUCGUGGUGGUGGGCGUGGUCUACGCGUUCACCUUCUGAGGGAACGGCCACCGGCCAUCGCAGGACGGCGUGUUUUCCACCGGGCUCGCCGUGGGCCGUGGCUGGCCGUGUGGCCCAGCCCUGCUGCUGGCCUCUGGCUCUAAACCAGCGGUGCUGAGCCCUGGAAUGGCCUCCCCCUGGGGCAGCCACCAAGGAUCUGGAAUUUUCCCCAGACCGCAUUCCUGGCUCUGGCCAAGCUGAUUGAGAAGAUAUGGAAGUUGGGGUCCCGGCCACAUGGGGGACCAAGGCCCACGUAGAACAGGAUAGAGAGUCCCUGAAAACACCACCCCCAAACCCCAGACCGGCUGGAGCAGCCAGUUAGGGUUGAGCUGUAGACAAAGCUUGGUGAUCGCUUGUUGCAGUCAGUAAUCACUUGUGGGACUUGUUCAUGGUCUGGUCUGUGGCUCUGGGACCAAAGCUGUCAUCAGAACUCAGAGUUUCCAACCCAGCCUUGGUUUUGGGCCUGUCCCUUGGCAUAUGGAUGACUCCUGAUCUCACUUAUAAGUGGCACUUGGUCA